UGCUUGUCGAAGGGCCGGGGACCGCUCGCUCUCCUCCGUGUGAGGCAACAUCCCUCCACAAUUGGAGACUGGCAAACAUUUCUACCUGUGGAGACUGCAGAGGGUAGCUUACUUCUUGAGAAGGAGUUUAGGCCACGCAGCCAAACCAGCGGAGAAAGCAGCUUUACUCUGUGAGCUUUUUCUUUUAAAAAAAAAUUAUUGUCGUUAUUUUUGCCAGCUGUGACAAGGUGUGUUUCCCUGGGUCUUUGUCAUAUUGAAGACGAUCGAUCUGGUGAAGAAGGUCGAAGGAAAUUGCCUGUGUUUCGUCCCGUUACUUCAAGCUUGACAAGUCGGCCAGGACAUACGACCAGGUGGUAGAGAAGGGCGUAGCCAUGCUACUACACUAUGUGACACUGGGUGAUGACCGGCUGUAGUUUCGGAUGUAAAGUGUUGGAAGUUCGAGAAGAGAAGGAGACGAAUUAGUUUAAAUCUUCUUGGAGAGGAUACAUAAUAUUGCAACAUUCGGAAGGUUUCCGGCUCGGAGACUGUUGUCAGCCUGUGGUUCAAAGAGGACAACUUCGAAUGUAGAACCGUUUAAUGUCUCCUCGGUUACGGGUGUAACCCAUCAAGAUGAUGUGAAGUACAUGAAACAGGUUACUGUCAUAUCCGCGAUUAACCGUUUCUGAGACAAUACCCAAGAAGCACAGCUUUUCAGUCAUACUGAGACCACAGGGUACCAGCCUUGGAGUCAGGGCGUGUGAGUCACCCGAGCACCUCUCUGCUCUCCAGCAAGAGGUCCGACGAUGACCACCAUGGCAAGGCCAGGUAGGGAGGACUACCUACACAACUUCCACCAGCUGUGCAGCAAGGUGCUGACGCUGGCGGAGAAGGAGCGGCUGGGUGAGUUGCUGCAGCAGUACCAGCACGACGGCGACGUCUCCGCCUUCGUUCGUCGCACGACGUUCCUGUGGUCGUCGCCCACCACGCUGCACCUGCUGCCAGUGAUACGCAAGCUGGUGGCCGCCCGGGAUCGUCCGCAGUUUGACCUCCUGCUGGACAUCCACCACGGGCUGGUCGUCGACAAGGUCCGCACACGCCCGGUGGAGAAGUCGGUGUCCAUGUCGUCGUCCAGAUCAGGUACUCACCCUGUGAGAAGACGAGGCGGUAUCCAUGUCAUCAAAAUACACACUACUGACAGUCCACGUCUAGGCUUCAGCAUUCGUGGUGGGGAUGAGUUCGACCUGGGCAUCUUUGUCAGCCAUGUUGACAACCCAUCGCCUGCAGAGGCCGCCGGCCUUCGCCCAGGUGACCAGAUCCUGGAAGCCAAUGGCGUGGACCUGGAGAAGACGAGCAGCCAGCAAGCGGCCGAACUGCUGAGCAGUGCUCAAACACUGACCCUCGUCAUCAGACGCACUCGAAAAAUUCCAGAGUGGAAAGUUACAAAGGAAAGAAUUCUGUGGUAUGAUGCUGUGACCAAGCAGCUGGUCCCCACACCCGCAUCAUCAGGGGAGUUGACGACGGUGAGACGGCCUGGAGCAGAACUAAAGGAAGUAGCAGAGCGGAAAAUAGUCCUUCAUCUGCUCCGGGAAACGGAUUUUUUGGGCUUUAACAUCCGUGGUGGCAAAGAGUUCGGGAUUGGCAUAUACGUGUCAAGAGUGGACAAAGGAGGACUUGCUGAGCGAGCUGGCAUCCAGGUGGGCGACCAUCUCGUCUCCGUCAACAACAAGUCCUCCAAAGUCAGUCACGCAGGGGCCGUGGAACUGCUCAGGUCCAGCAGACGACUGGUUCUCAUUGUCUGGGCUGUCGGCAAGUUUCCUGCCUAUAAAGAACUCUUCUCUGAGUAUGUCUGGAGCGACACCGGCGACAAACAGAGCGAUUCCUUUUCCAGGGCCGCAGAUGUCCAAGGAGAUAGUUUUAACCAACCGAAAGCAAGCCGGCUGACCCAGCGCGCCAAGACCCGGGAGACCAAAGUAGACAAGUCCCCACGUGACAGCGGAAUCGUCAUCGAAGGCGUGUAUGCAGACAUCGACUUCUACGACGAGAACGAUCAACUUCCGGUUCAGCAGGAGCUUUUUUACCCCCGAGAUCAGGACAUCAUUUUUAGAGGCGACUACAGCCACAAUUGGAGACAGUUGGACCGGACCUAUGGGGAAGACUUUGAGCUGAAGCCAAGCAGGACUCCAAGCCAGAGAAGCGUGAGAGCAGAGGCAAGAGAAGAAAAUCGCUCUGUGGACCCCGAUUCCAGUGACUCCGAGAUGGAUUACAUGACGUUCCUGCGGAGAAAGAUGAAACGAGACGAGAUGAGGUCCCGGAUGUCGACCGCGGGCAGCCAGAGAAACCUGUCGACUCUCAGCUACGACAGACCAGUCGUCAAGGCGAUCUCUAUGGACAAUAUCGCUCGGACAGAUGUGCACGAAGUCUACGCUCAGGUUCAUAAACCUCCCAGGCAAAGCUCGAGGUCCUCGCCGGGGCCCGUCGUCGCUAUGAGCUCGCCAUCUCUUGCUCGCAUGAACCACGUUUACCACCACGAUGUCCACAGUGACAGCAGCAGAAGCAGCAUGGACCUGCGAGAUGCCUCAGGAAGUGCUGUCAGCAGGAGCAGCAGCCACAGCCAACACCGUCCUCAGAUCUACGUCAACGGGAGGACCACGGAAGAAGAUGUGGUCAUUAAAGGUCACGGCCACGUGGUCACCGCAGUGCCCCAGGCCCGGCCGAUAGCAAACCGAGACACAACUACGACGUCAUCGAUGAUGAUGAUUUCAUUGUCGUGACGGAAGUCCUGAAGGAGACGACGACGAGUUUUAGCUCCACUCAGCCAGAGAAACGAUCUCUCCACGAAGCCAGCCUCCCUCAGACAACGCUAGCAGAAACAAAGAUUAUUCAAAACUCAGCGAGGAGGAGCCCAAGGAAGACUACAUUGUGGAGACGGAAGUGCUUGAGGAGGCGACCACCAGCUUCAGCUCGGUGCAGCCCCAGAACCUGCAGCCAGGACAGACCGAACCCGAUAAAGAAAACAGUCUUCGCGCCGCGUCCACCAACCCUACCCCUGUCCUAACAACAUCCACCCCCAGCUCUACCCCAGACUCAGUUGUUGUUUCGGAAGCAGCCAAGCCCAGACUGCAAUAGACCUUCUGACUGAAGAAAUAAAGCGACUGGAAGCCAGAAAGUCCAGCUUAGGAAGUCGCGAAAUUCUCCGGAUUAAUGAACCUAAAGCCAGCCACCCGGAAUCAGAACAAAAGCCCGUGGCUGAGAAGAAAGGUGGAACAUGGUCGGCUUUGAGGAAGAAACUCACAGGCAGUAUUAGAAUCAAGAAAACUA